CUGCGCAAAGGCAAUGAGACUCUUGCAGAAGUCUACCCACAGGCGCUCACAAUGUAGGAAGCGCUCGCUUGAAAACAGAUUACCACCACACACACUGCUUGCCAGUGACUGAUAUUAUUUGCUUCCAUUUUCGGAGUGUUGAUGGUAAUCUGAUUAAUUUGAGGAAUUUUGGCUCUGAGCAUGGAGGGCUGCUAUCUCCCCGAAUACGAAAGGAUGGAAGCGUGGCUUGACGACCACUUGGAGUUCGCUCACUCCUACUUUGUCAGGAAGGCUACAAGGGAGAUGGUGAAUGCCUGGUUUGCUGAGCGAGUCCACUCCAUCCAGCCCUCCUCAUCAUCCUCCUCCUCGUCAUCCUCCAAAGAAACCCUUACACCACAGAGACCCACCCAGCCCUCAGACAGUCCCUGCCUAGCCUUCUCCCUGCCGCCUUCCCUGGGCCUGAACGACGGGCGCUCUCCUUCCCCGUCCCCCAGCCCCGCUCCCAGCACCCCCACCCGCAAGAUCUCUGCAUCUGAGUUUGACAGGCCACUGAGGCCCAUCGUGGUCAAGGACGCGGAAGGCUCACUAACCUUCCUCUGUGACGCCGAACCCGACCGAGGCGACAUCCGGACGCCCAUGCCCUUCAGAACCCAGCAGGGAGGGGUCGGGCUUGGCAUCCCUGCAGGGAUGAUGGACGAGGUGGGCAGUGCCCGGGGGUUGGACCGCUGUGCCAGACUGUUGGAGUUGGUGAAGGAUGUGUCGAGUCACUUGGACGUGACGGCUCUGUGCCACAAGAUCUUUCUGCACAUCAACGAGCUGAUUGCUGCCGACCGCUACUCCCUCUUCCUGGUGGGCGAGGACAGCUCCAACAGGAAGUUCCUGGUGAGCAGGCUGUUUGAUGUGGCCGAGGGCUCCACACUGGAGGAGGUGUCCAAUAGCUGCAUCCGCCUGGAGUGGAACAAGGGAAUUGUGGGUCACGUGGCGGCCACGGGCCAGCCCCUCAACAUCAAGAAUGCUUACGAGGACCCCAGGUUCAAUGCAGAGGUGGAUCAGAUUACAGGCUACAAGACCCAGAGCAUCCUGUGUCUGCCCAUCAAGAACCAUAGAGAAGAGGUGGUAGGAGUGGCUCAGGCCAUCAACAAGAAGUGUGGAGAGAACGGUACUUUCACUGAACAGGAUGAAAAGGACUUCUCUGCCUACCUGGCCUUCUCCGGGAUCGUCCUACACAACGCCCAGCUCUACGAGACGUCCCAGCUGGAAAACCGACGCAAUCAGUGGAAGGUUUUGACGGCAUUUCUCAACGUCCUCAGGAGAUGGAUAGACAUGCAAUUUCUGGAACAAUCUCCCUGGCAUAUGCGAAAGGUGCUGUUGGACCUGGCCAGUCUGAUCUUGGAGGAGCAGCAGUCUCUCGAGGUGUUACUGAGGAAGAUAGCAGGCACCAUCCUCUCCUUUAUGCAGGCCCAGGGCUGCACUGUCUUCAUAGCUGAUGGAGACUCUAUGAACUCCUUCUCCAGCGUGUUUCACAUGGAAUACGAGGAGCUGGGAGAGGCCAUAGACGUCCCCAAAAGGGACUGUGACGUGAGUCAGAUAAACUACAUGUAUGCCCAGUACGUGAAGAACACCAUGGAACCUCUGAACAUCUCUGACGUCACCAAAGACCAACGCUUUCCCUGGAUGAGUGAAAACCCAGAGCACCCCAGUAACCAGAUCAAGAGUUUGCUCUGUACUCCUAUCAGGAACGGGAAGAAGGAUAAAGUGAUAGGUGUGUGUCAGUUGGUGAACAAGAUGGAUGAGGCAUCGGGGAAAGUGAAGUCCUUCAACCGAAACGAUGAACAGUUCCUGGAGGCCUUCGCCAUCUUCUGUGGACUGGGUAUACAGAACACCCAGAUGUAUGAAACAGUGGAGAGAGCCAUGGCCAAACAGGAGGUCACAUUGGAGGUCCUCUCGUAUCACGCCUCUGCUGCAGAGGAAGAGACACGGGCGCUGCAGGUAACCGCGGCAGCCACUGUUCCGUCAGCCCAGUCUCUGCGCCUGAUGGAGUUUAGCUUCAGUGACUUUGAGCUGUCCGACGCUGAGACCACUCAGGCCACCAUACGCAUGUUUGUAGACCUCAACCUGGUCCAGAACUUCCAGAUGAAAUACAAGAGUCUGUGCCAGUGGAUCCUGAGCGUAAAGAAGAACUAUAGGAAGAACGUGGCUUACCACAACUGGAGACACGCCUUCAACACCUCCCAGUGCAUGUUCGCCCUGUUCAAAUCUGGCCAGUUACAGAGUAAUAUGAGUGAGCUGGAGAUCCUGGCUUUGAUGAUCGCCACCCUGAGUCACGACCUGGACCACAGAGGAGUCAACAACUCCUACAUACAAAGGAGUGACCACCCCCUGGCCCAGCUCUACUGCCACUCCACCAUGGAGCACCACCACUUUGACCAGUGUCUCAUGAUCCUCAACAGCCCAGGGAAUCAGAUUCUGAGCAGUCUGUCUCUGGAUGAGUACAAGGCCACUCUGAAGAUGAUCGAGAGGGCUAUUCUGGCAACGGACCUGGCUCUGUACAUGAAGAGGAGAGGAGAGUUCUUUGAGCUGACCAAGAACAGCCAGUUUGUCUGGGACGAUGACUACCAUAAAGACUUACUGAGGUCAAUGCUGAUGACCGCAUGUGAUAUUUCUGCCAUUACCAAGCCUUGGCCAAUACAGAAGAGGAUAGCCGAGCUAGUGGCUACAGAGUUCUUUGAGCAAGGGGACAAGGAGAGACAAGAACUCAACAUUGAGCCAAUAGAUCUGAUGAAUCGGGAAAAGCGGGAUAAGAUUCCGAGCAUGCAGGUAUCGUUCAUCGAUGCCAUCUGUACACAGUUGUAUGAGACCCUGGCUGGUAUGUCUGAGUCCUGUUCGCCACUACUCGAGGGCUGCCAGAAGAACAGGCAGAAUUGGAAGAUUCUGGCCGAACAGGGCGACAAAGGUUUCUUCAACGGAGUGGUGUAGAAGUGGUCAACGUCCCUCCUCCAUCCCCACAUUCACUCCAUCCCUACACCACCCCCACCGCCGAGCAGACGACAUCAACACUAAGCUAUAUUUAUAACCAUAGUCAUUUUUUUUUCUUGCACAAAGUCCUCUCCCUACAUGAAGGAAGUCUCACUACGGUAUAUCCCUGAGUCUGAGGAAGUGAAGUAGACUGAACAGGAGAGGUUUGCGUGUGCACGGCUACUAUCGGGCCUACUGAGCUCCAAGGAAUCAAUACGACACCGUAGUACUGUAGACAGACAGACCCGGGUUCAAGCAGUAUUUGCAAUCUCUCAAAUAACUUGAGCUAUUCCAUUGGUGCCACUGCACCAGGAGAGCGCCAUUAAAGACUACAAAUACUAUUUGAACCCAGGUCUUAGUACAGAUACAACUUUACUUUCUACACACCGUACAGCACCACAGUAGGAAGCUUGUUUUGUAACACCAGGGUGCAGGCACACACCACAAAGGUUUUGAGAGAACGUACAUUUUUGUUUUGUAACAUUGUCACUCGUUAUAACUAUUGCAUAUUUAUGUUUUAUAUAUUUAUUCGUUUUCUAUACUGUAUCGUCAGUUUCGUUUUGAGAACACACACACACACACACGUCUUUAUAAAACAGUGUGUGUUUUAUUACCAAACGAUCCAAAUGUCUCUGCUUUGAAAAGUUCACUCGACCAUCCAUUCAUGUGUGUAUUUCUAGGGGUUGUAUUAUUUUAACUUUGCAAAUUGUAAAGGAGCCAAAGACUAGACACGUGGUCUAGAAGAUUCCACUGCCUUCCUGUGACAUGAUAGGUAUGAGGUCCAAUUUCACAAGAACCUACUUGUAUGUAGACACUUGUUGGCCCUCAUUAUGGACCAGCCCAGCAGGUGGUCCUUUUUUAAAAACGUGUUGAAUGUGAGGCUGGGGUGUCUCGUCGAAAGCAGAGCUUGACAGUCGGAAGCCCAAAAUCAAUUUGCAAUAUUGUCAGUCUACCUUGAGGUAAUUUGUAUUUAUAGUGGAACAUUUUAAAAAUGGCAUUAUAGAAUUGUUUUUAUUUUUACAUUUCUUCCAAUACAGGGAAUGACAGGACUGAAUAACUACAAACUCUCUUUCAAUCAGAAAAUGACUCAUCUUUCUCUAAACUUUCUGCCUCCAACAUUUACACAAUAUACUAUAGUACUUUUCAGGUAGAGAAAUGUGAACUGCAUCACUGUCAUUCACAGGAGAAACUCAUCCAAAUGUUACUUAACCAUGUCCUAACUUGCAGCACUUAUCCGUAUAGACGUGCGUGGUCACUCCGAGGACCACAGUUGUUAUUGUGGUUGUAUUUUGUACUUGAAGAAGUUUCCAGAAAUAACAUUGUUCCUGAAUUUGUGCUUAAAAAAAAUAAUGUUUUUUUUUAAAAGGAUAGUUGCUUUUCUUUUUUCAAUUCCACACAGCUUUGGUCUCGAUUGGUAUUUCUAGAAAAAGAUGUGUUACUUCACCAAUGAUAGACCUGUGUGUUGCAUGUGAAGUUACAGAAUUCUAUAAAAAGGUGGCUAUGUGCAGUCACAGGACAGCAGCCCUGUGGGUUAUUAGUGGAGGCUGAGGUAAUACGACGUGUAUCGCGGUUCCGUGUGAAGACAAAGGGGUUUCCCCGUCCUGCUCAUCGACUCUGAAGAACACUGAGACAAGUUCAAUGGUACAUCCCAUUAAAAGGAUACUGCUUA